UAUAAUUUUAAUUAGGAUCACUUGAUUUACUUUGAUUGUCUACUGAUUUGCAUUACGAAAAUGCUAUUUAAAAUAUAAAUACAUUUUUGUAAGAAGAGUUUAAUAUUAUUUAAAAAAAAGUCCGAAUGUAUAAGCGAUCAUGCUACGUACAUACUAUUUAAGACGUUGGUCAUAGUUAUGAUUAUGCAGCGGUGAAACAGAGGAAGUAGACAUUACGGCUUUGUGCGACUACCUUGCGCUAAUGGCAGGUCAUGGUUGCAUUGGUGUGGGUGGAGGAGGAGGAACUGGUGGAGGUAAUGUAGGCGUUGGAAGUGGUGUUUGUGGAAAUGGAGGAAGUUCAAAUGCAGGCGCGACCACCCAUGCCGUGGUCGUGUGGGAAUACGAGUCUGGUAAUAGCAAAUGGUUACCUUAUAGCCCAGAUGUCUCUCAACACUUGGAACGUGCGCAUGCUAAGAAGCUAACUCGUGUGCUUUUGAGUGAUGCCGAUCCACAACUCGAGCAAUAUUAUGUGAAUAUACGAACCAUGACACAAGAGUUGGAAGAAGAUUCAGGAUUUUCUACCAUUAGUGUACGGCGUAUGUUCUAUGCACCCAGUUCCCCUCCAGGUAAGGGCACAAAAUGGGAGCGGUUAGGCAGUGCAGGUCCUGGAGAUUGGCACCCUUUCAAUAUGCAUUUGCAGUGUAUAAUCGAAGAUGCUUGGUCGAAGGGAGAACAACGAUUGGAUCUUUGCAAAACAAGGUUUAGUUCACCAUACAUCAUUAAUUUUUGUAAUUUAACACAAAUUCGUCAGCCGAAUGGACCAAUACGUAGCAUUCGUCGUUCACAGCAAGCGCCUUACCCAUUGGUAAAAUUAACGCCACAAGAGCAACAAAAGUUAAAUGAUGCGAAACAGCUACAGCAGCGCCUUACAUCGCAUAACAAUGGACUUCCCACGACAUCGUUGCCUCAUUCAAGUCGGCAGGCUCAGCCGUUGCCUCCAAUGGCAGCGAUGUCCAGUCAACAUAUUCCACAUGGCCACCACCAGCAGCAACUACCGCAACUACACCACCAUAGCCACCCCCACCUGCAAACAUCUUCUGCGCAUAUGCAUUCACAACAUCGCAGCAAAUCACACAAAAAGAAUGGAGAAAUUUCCACUACCAAUUUGCGGCACAUUCUCAACAAUCUGAACAUAUUUGGAAGUAGCACAAAAAGCGCCAGUCCGAAUAUGAACAACAAUAGCAGUGCGGCACAAUCUGGACAGUCCAUUGCUCCAUCAGCAAAUCAUUUGGGCAUGCAGUUUACGCAUCCGAAAACUACAUUAACAGCGUCAAUGAAGAGCCAUCACAGUCGUUGUUCGGAUGGUUCCUUACAGUCUCAGCGUAGCAGUCGUUUGGGUUCGCAUCGGUCGCGUUCACGCACACGAGCUUCAGACACGGACACAAAUAGCAUGAAAUCGACUCGGCGCCCAAGUGUUGACACAGUUUCCACAUAUCUAUCGCAUGAAAGCAAAGAAAGUCUGCGCAGUCGCAAUUUCGCCAUAUCUGUAAACGACCUGCUUGACUGUUCAUUGGGUAGUGAUGAGGUAUUUAUACCAUCGUUGCCACCUUCCUCUCUGGGUGAGCGUGCACCGGCACCUCCACCUCUUCCACAUCAUGCGAGUUCUCUAAAUUUACCACCUUCUGUUGGAACUGCCGGCGGUUCUGUUACAGUAGUAGCAACGCUUCACAACACUCAUCAUCAAUCUCAGCAGCAGCUCGUAUCGUCAGCGCAACAGUCGGCUAUUGCUGGCUCCAUUGUGGGUGUGGAUCCAGCGAGCGAUAUGAUUUCACGAUUUGUUAGGGUCGCAGAGCCACCAGUGUGGCCUAACGCUCAGCCGUGUCCGAUGUGCAUGGAAGAGCUGGUGCAAAACGCGCAAAAUCCCACCAUUGCGUUAACUCGCUGUCAGCAUUUAAUGCAUUUACAAUGUCUCAAUGGCAUGAUCAUAGCGCAGCAAGGUGAAAUGAGCAAGAAUCUUUUUAUCGAGUGUCCAGUGUGUGGCAUCGUUUACGGCGAGAAAGUUGGUAAUCAACCGAAUGGAACUAUGUCGUGGAGCAUUAUUAGCAAAAGUUUACCGGGACAUGACGGUCAAAAUACCAUACAAAUAGUUUACGAUAUUGCAUCUGGCGUACAAACCGAAGAGCACCCACAUCCAGGUAGAGCUUUCUUCGCUGUAGGAUUCCCGCGUGUCUGCUACCUACCCGACUGCCCGCUUGGUCGCAAAGUAUUGCGCUUCCUGAAAAUUGCCUUUGACAGGCGCCUACUGUUUUCAAUUGGCCGUUCGGUAACCACAGGCCGUGAAGAUGUUGUAAUUUGGAAUAGUGUUGAUCACAAAACACAAUUCAAUAUGUUCCCAGAUCCAACGUAUUUACAACGUUGCAUGCAACAGUUAGUACACUUGGGUGUUACAGAUUAAUAUACGCCAGUUUGAAUCAUAUAAGAAAUGCCUACCGCAUUAUAGCAUAUUUCAUAUAUCCAUGAGAUAUGAAAUUUUACUGUUAUUAUUAUGUUAAAGUGUGCAAUUUGAAAGUGUUUCAAAGUAAAUUGUGUUUGAGUGGCUCGAACAAUAAACAACCAAGUGUCUUUUAUGUUGCGGCACCUGUAAAUUCUAAAGGCAAUGCGUGCUGAAUUACAGCAUACAUAUAUACAUAUUUUCAUAAGCUUUAAAAGUGUAGAUUUAACAAAUUGAUGAGACUUCCUUGAAUGUUCUUCCAUUUUACUUUGUAUUUAUAGGUAAUUUUAUUGCCAUUAACACAUUUUAUUUAGCUCAAAUAGUAUUUUUUUUAUCAUAUUUGUUCAUUAUUCACUACUAAGCAAUUUAUAAUUCCUUCGUUGCGACAUUGUGGCAAUUUUUGCAUACUAUACACAUACAUAGAUAUUUUAAAUAUAUAUAUAUGAGGUGCAACGGAUUUGCGUUCUUCCAUUGAAUGUAGGCAAUAAAAAUAAAUAGCAUUAAGCAAGUUAAUCAAUAUUGUGUGCCACCUUAGAUAGUCUUACAAUGAAUUAACAUUAGAUAAAGAAACACUCAUAAUGUUGAGGCAACUGUUACAAAACAUAUUACAUUCUCUACAAUAUUUAUUUAGGGUGCGAUAGCGGCAAACUUUUAGUAAAGAGCAACUGUGCAGAUGAAUCUUUGCUCAAAAAUACUUCCAUUUGAUUAUAUCCUAACCUAAAAAGUCGCUGUCGCUUAUCUCAAGUAUUGCCAAACGAAUAAAAUUUCUUUUUAAUUAGAAAAGGUUUUUUUUCAUAAAAUAUAAGCUAUGUGAAUCUCUUAGAUGUUAAGAACCUUCUCCUGUGUAGAUGUAAAGAAAAAUAUAUAUAUUUGUGAUUUUUUACGGCA